UCGGGUUACGGUUCGCAGAAGAAGAAGCGAGUAGGUAACUUGUUAGUUGAAAGUUUGUUGAGAUUUUUCAAGCUUUUCGACAGAUUAUGGAGCGAGAAGCGUCCAAAAGCGAGUCAGAGGAAGCUACGAAAACUCGGAGACCGAGCAGGAACAAGCUAGCAUGUAGUAUAGCCUGUUUGGACGGAGCAAAUUUCGAUAUAAACAUUGAGAAAAACGCGCCGGGGAAAUUGUUGAUAGAAAAAAUAUGCCAGCAUUUGAACGUAGACGAGAAGGAAUACUUCGGCCUCUUGUACGUGGACCACAAAACCGGUUUAAAGCGUUGGUUGGACACGCAAAAGCCCAUCAAGAAACAGCUACACGGUUCAGAUACAAAUUUUGAGUUUGCAGUGAAAUUCUUUGAACCAAAUCCAGAACAGUUGAAAAAUGACUACACGAGGUACCUUAUGGCCCUCCAGAUUCGAGCUGAAAUUGUUACUGGAGGUCUGCCCUGUUCAUUUUCUGAACAAGCAAGACUUGGGUCCUAUGUUAUUCAAUCCGAAUAUGGUGAUUUUGAUCCUCUUCAACAUGGUCCUGACUAUCUUGAUGGUGUCGUGUUCGCCCCAGAACAGUCGCCAGAACUCAUUUCAAAGGUGAAAGAGCUUCAUAAAACACUCAAAGGUUUGUCUCCAAUGGAGGCUGAUCUGCAGUACUUGGAAUACGCAAGAAAGCUAACAUUGUAUGGCGUUGAUUUGCAUGAAGCAAGAGAUACUGAAGGUGCUGAUAUUCACGUUGGUGUUUCGUUCGCUGGCAUUACGAUUUACAAAGAUCAAAUGCGGACGAAUAAAUUUCUCUGGAACACAAUCGAAGAAGUAAAGUACAAAGGCAGAACGUUCUUUGUUAGGAUCAAACCAGGAGAGUAUCAAGCAUUCAUGAGCACCGUGGUAUUCAGAACACCAAAUGAUCGUUCAACGAAGGAACUUUACAAGUCUGUUGUUGAACAUCACACCUUCUACAGGUUGCGGGAGCCAGACUCCCCCAAGGGCGGCACUCUUCCUAGACUUCACUCGCGGUUCCGCUACAGUGAUCGCACUCUCUUCCAACUGCGUCAAGGAGCGUACAACAGCCUCCCACGUCCAGCAACACUCACCAGAAGAUGGUCUGAUCGGUACAGCGAUCGCAAGAGACCGAUUGCGAGAAGCCAAGAUGAUGUCCUGGAACCUAAACUCCGGCGUGGCGAGGUCCCUGUGACGUCAGCUGAGCCCGCGGAGACGAUGAACGAGCAAGAACGGGAAGAAUAUCGCCAGAGAUUGGCCGCGCAAUUUGGUGUGAAAACUGGUGACGAGAAAGAGAACUCCAUGGAUGUUGUCUUCAUCUUCGGAGCCUGCGGUCCAAAUGCCGAUGAAGUAUUCGAGAAGGAAAAGGACAUGGUAAGCGGUUUCCUCGAGACCAUCAAAGUGGCAGACACGUACUAUGGGGUGGUGGAGUACGGCGAACACAACGCAAACAUCAUGGCGAGACUUGGCGACUUCAGAAAUAAGGAGAGAUUGAACCAGUAUAUUAAUACCAUACCAAGACGUGGAGAGGGUCGUGCAAUAGACAAAGCUCUGGAAAGAGCCCGUGAGUUGUUGUUAGAGAGCGGACGAAGCGACGCAAGGAAGGCGUUGGUGAUAUUUGCGAACGGCAAAUCCAGCGCCCGUCUAGCUGAGUUGACGAGAGAGGCGAAGCCGUUGCACGAUGCUGGAGUGAAGAUUAUUGCUGUUGGUAUUGGUGAUGAUAUUGAUGAUGAAGAGUUGAACUCCAUUGCUACGAAUAAGAUCUUGGCUCAGCCGUAUGACGAGCCUGCCCCUUUGGGUCAUUUGUUGGCUCAUGAAGUCAGCGAAGCCCCGUCGAAAGAGCUUGUUGAUGUGACCUUUGUCAUGGGAGCCUCGGGUGUUGAAGGUGAUGCAGCGUUUGAAAAACAGAAGGAAAUUAUCAAUGCUUUCGUGGAUGCCCUCAAGAGCAACGAUACACAAAUGGCUGUCGUGAAUUAUGGAGAAGAAGGCUCGAAUAUCGAGGUGAAACUUGGUCAGUUCAAAGAUAAAGAUGAUUUUAAAUCUUGUGUCGAUAAACAGAAAAGACAGGGGGACGGAAAGGCUUUGGAUAAAGCUCUGGACGACACAAAAACGGUCAUCAAAGAGACAGGCCGCCCUGGCGUGAGGAAGGCCGUGGUCGUGUUUUCUAAUGGAAAGACUGAAGCCGAGGUCGACGAACUGGCCAAUAAGGUGCGCGAAUUGCACGGGAAUGACGUCAAGAUUGUCGCCGUUGGUCUUGGCGAUGACGUGAGCAAAGAGGAAUUAAAAACUGUCGCCAAUGUUGGUUUGAUCUUAGCAGAGAGAGAUCAGGAUAGUGACGAGAUCGCACUGAGUAUUCUUAAGCAACUUGAUAUGUUGUCAGAUGCCGCUGAAGAUGCGUUGGACAUAGCGUUCGCAUUCGGUGCGUCCGGGCCUGAGGCCGAAGCUGUGUUCAAAAAGGAAAAAGAGAUGAUUAAUAUUUUCAUUGAUUCGCUGAAAGUUCACGACACUCAGUAUGGAGUGAUUGAGUACAGUUCAGAGGCCAGAGUUCACGCAACAUUUGGUCAGUUCGGUCGUAAAGAUCGACUCAAGGCGCAGGUGUCUGCGAUUGAAAGACGUGGCGAGGGUGUUGGUCUUGACAAAGCUCUGACAAGCGCUUACGACUUACUCAUGAAGAACGGCCGUCGUGGCGCGAGGAAAGUCCUCGUCGUUUUCACCAGCGGGAAAGCAAAUGUCGGAGUGAACGAGCUGCGCGCCUGCGCAAAGGCGCUCCAAGAUGUCGGAGUGAAGAUCGUCGCUGUCGCUAUUGGCAACAACACUGACGAAGACCAGCUGAAGGAGAUCUCAAGCGAUGAGCACGUGAUUCAUUCCCAGUUGACUGGAGAUAGCGCUGCCAUCAUUCAACUUAUCUCUGAUGAUGUUGUUAGCGCUGAACUAACCGGUGAAGCGGUCGACAUAAUUUUUGCGCUUGGCUCUGCCGGCUUCGAGGCUGAAAUGGUGUUUGAAAAACAAAAGGAAAUGGUCUACGCGUUCGUAAACUCCGUGGACACCGCAAAUGUCCGCUAUGCUCUGAUUGAAUAUGCUGAGAAUGCAACUCUGCAGGCAGACUUUAAUGAAUACAAGGAAAAAUACGACUUCAAGGAGUUCGUUGAUUCUGUGAAACGAAUCGGAGAAGGUCUGGGGCUGGAUAAGGCUUUGCAAAGGGCAGCUGCGGUGUUUGAGAACAGCGGUCGAGCUAGCGCCAAGCGUGUUCUGGUCGUGUUCACGAACGCACAGUCAAAGGCACGCACGCAAGAUCUCCAGAGACAUUCCCGCGAGCUGCAGGAGUCUGGUGUCAAGGUCGUUGUCGUCGCCAUCGGUACUGACGUCAGCGAGGAAGAGUUGAGUAAUAUUCAGGGGGAGCCUCUCGUUAGGACCCAGCCACAUGAUGACGUCAAUAUGAUUGUAAAGAACGUCGCUUCCAAUGUUCUUGCAACUGAACCUGACUUGGGACCAGUCGCUACUGAAGGACCUAAGAUCAAACUUGAUGUUGUGUUCGCCGUUGGGGCGGCGGGUCGAGACGCUAAUGAAAUCUUCGAUAAAGAGAAAGAAAUUGUGAAUUCGUUCAUCGACAAUCUGAAGGAAAACGAUGCUCAGUUUGCUGUCAUCGAGUUUGGCCACAAGGCCUCUGUAAAAUCUAAACUUGGCGACGAAAGGGAUGCUGGGAAAUUGAAAGCGUCCGUGUCCGGAAUACAGAGGUCUGGUGACGGGAAGGGUCUUGAUAAGGCCUUGGAACAUGCCGUGCAGAUCUUCCAGAAGGAAGCCAGACCAGCGUCAAACCGCGUGCUCAUUGUCCUCACAAACGCCAAGUCGAACGCCAGAGCCCAGGACCUCAAGAAACACGCGCAGAGUUUGGCAGAGGCUGGCGUCAAAGUCCAGGUGGUUGCCGUUGGCAACGACGUAAACGAAGAUGAACUACUUCAAGUCACAAGCAAUGAACUGCCUUUGCUGAGAGUGCAGCCGUAUGAAGAACCGCAGGCUGUGAUUAGUAAUUCUGCCUGGAUUGUUGGAGAAAAACAGGACGAAUAUCUCGACAUUGUGUUUGCUUUUGGUUCAUUUGGGGAAGGUGCUGAUGAAAUAUUCGAGAAAGAGAAACAACUCAUCGAUAAUUUUAUUGAUUCCAUCACAAAACGCGACACGCACUUUGGUGUCAUUGAGAUCGGACCACGUGCAAAGGUCUGCGCUAUGAUUGGCCAAUAUCGUGAUCACGUGCGUCUCAAGCGUCACGUGAACCUGGUGCGUCGUAGCGGCGAUGCGACGGGCCUUGAUCAUGCGUUGGAAGUCGCGGCAGGCAUGUUUGAAAAUCAAGCUCGUCCCAACUCCCGCCGCGUUCUUGUCGUCUUCACAAAUGGCAAGUCCGGAGCUAAGGCGGAGGAACUGAAACAAAACUCUGAACGGUUGAGGAAAACUAAUGUUGAUAUCAUCGUGGUUGCCAUUGGCGACGACAUCGACGACGACGAAUGUCAGUUUGUGACCAGCGGUAGUCACCCUAUAAUUAACAUCGCCCCAGAGCAGAAUCCAAGAGCGGUUGUUUACUCGAUUGUGGGUGAACUUGAGGAAGCUAAGUCGACUGAACCAAUGGAUAUUGUGAUUGUUGUGGGUGCUUCGGGUGAAGGUGCGGAUACUGUUUACAACAAAAACAAGCAAAUCAUCUCAAAGUUCAUCGAAGCAAACAAAGUACCGUACACGAUGUACAGCCUCAUCGACUAUGGCCCUAAAUCCAUAGUCCGAUCAAGAUUUGCGGAUAAUAAACAACAAGCAGUCUUGUUGGAUCAAGUUGAGAAUCUUGAACGAACCGGUGACGGAAAAGCUUUGGAUAAGGCUCUUGAACAAACAGUCAACGUUCUUGAAAGCCAGGGUCGUCACAAUGCUCAGAAGAGAGUGAUCCUGUUCGCCAACGGUAAAAGUGGCGCGAAUCCGAGCCACCUUAAAAAAUACGCGACAUUAUUGGAGGACGCUAAUGUCAAAGUCGUUACGGUCGCUGUUGGCGAUGACGUCAAUGAGGAGGAAUUACGUCAUAUUAACCCGGAUGAAGAAGCGAUCAUUAAAGUGGACACACAGGAGAACGCUGAGUCAGCUGUUUUUGCCGUCGCUCGCCAAGUUCAAGAACCAUGUAAACCCAAGUUCGAUAUUGUGUUUGCAUUUGGCGCAAUGGGAAACGCCGCUGACAUGAUUCACAACAAGGAGAAAGAGAUGAUCGGAACGUUUAUUGACUCGUUUGAGUUCGGAGACUAUCGGUACGGUGUCGUGGAGUACGGAACCAAGGCUUCGGUGAAGGCAAAGUUUGAUGACAUUCAUGGCAAGGAACGGAUGAAAGAAUUCGUGAAUAGCAUUCACAGGAGUGGAGAAGGCAAGGCUCUUGACAAAGCAUUGGAACAAUCGUACGAGUUGUUCAAGAAACACGGCCGGCAUUCGGCUAAGAAAGUUCUUAUUGUGUUCACAAACGGCAAGUCUAAUGCCCGAGCGAAUGAGUUAAAGAAAUAUGCUCAAAACCUGACUGAUAUGAACACCAAGUUAAUCGUCGUCGCCAUUGGCGAUGACGUCAGCGUCGAGGAACUACUUGAAGUAACAUCAAAUGAAGAGUCGAUCGUCAGAACACAACCCGAGGAUGAUCAUAAAGUGUUGUUCGGAAGCAUCGUGAAAAUCAGUAUUGAAGAGCGCCCUGUCAGUGAUGUUGACGUGGUGUUUGCGCUGGGAUCAUCUGGUCAUAAUGGCGAUGACAUGUUUGAAAAAGAAAAAGAAUUUGUCAACGGUUUUAUCGACUCGUCCAAAUAUGGAAACCUGGAUUAUGCGAUGAUACAAUAUGUUGACCCGUUGACUGUUCAUUUCAGUUUCAAAGAUAUUGACGACAAGGAGAAAGUCAAAGACAGAAUAUUCUCCAUUCAACGAAGCGGAGACGGUACGGCAAUGGCCGAAGGGCUGCGAAAGGCCAACGAACUGUUCACGAACGAAAGCCGAGCAAAUUCACAUAAGGUGUUGAUCGUGAUGAUGAACGGACCGCUCGGUGGUCGCGCUGGGGAACUAAAAACUGGUGCGAAGGCUCUUCAAAAGAUCGGAGUAAAGGUAAUAACGGUUGCUAUAGGCGACGAAGUAGAUCACGACGAACUACGUCAGCUAUCAUGUGAUGAGGAGAAUGUUAUCCACGUGAAAGAAAAUGAAGACGUCGGUUCAGUGGCUUACGUCAUUACUCACCAAGCCAUCAAAGGGACGCCAGUACACGAGGAGGCUAUCAAGGAGGAGAAAUUCUCGCGGCAAGUUUUCUUGCAACCCAGGAUCAAGUUCGUGAUCAAACCCAGCAUGGCCGCUGAACAGCGAAGAAUAGAAGAGGAAGCCGAGAAACGACGACAGGAGGAGGAACUGAGGAGGAUUGAAGAGGAACAGAGGAGGAUUGAGGAGGAACAGAGGAGGAUUGAGGAGGAGCAGAGGAGGAUUGAGGAACAGAAGAGGAUUGAGGAACAGAGGAGGAUUGAGGAACAGAGGAGGAUUGAAGAGGAAAGGUUGAAACGGGAAGAGUUGUUGAGAGAGAAGGAAUUACAAGAAGAGGAGGAACGGUUGGAACGCGAGAGAUUGGAAUUAGAACAAUUAGAAAAAGAAACGCUGGAAUUGGAAAGGAAACAGAAACAGGAGGAAGAGGAGAGGAAAAGACGUGAGAUUGAAGAGAAGAAGAAAAAAGAAAAGGAACUUGAAGAAGAGCUGGUGAUGAUGCCGUUCGCCGUGGCUACACCCGAAAUCGAAGACGUGAAAAAGGCUCAUCGUAAAACGCUUGACCUGGAAGACACCUUCGCUGAAAAAGCGAGCUUCUUACGAGUCAGCGCGAGCGACGAGGGUAAUCCGACUAAAACCGUUGAGUCGACGAACGUUACCGAGACAGUCACAGUACAAGAGACAACCAAUACCGUGUAUGCGAACCCAGGUGCUUGUCAAGAUGAUGUGCGAUACAACAGAGAUAACACUCCAGAAAUUCGCUAUUCUCUGAAAACUGACCUGAACCUGGACUACGAACAAGGUGAACGAGGUUUCGUCCGCGAUCAAAUACGAAAUCAAGAAACCGAAAUCAAACGUCGCUCUACGCAUGACCCAAGCAUCCAGACAUCUUUGGAUAAAAUGCUUCAGUCGUCAACAGUCACCACGGUCGAGUCGAUCCCCGAUGACGUAUUCCCCCCUCCCCCUCCCCUAGAAGCGAGCUCGCCCGCACCUGAUUUUCCAAACGUUGAAACAAGGACAGUUAUUUAUGAACCGAAUGCGGCAAGUGGUAUGUCUCCAUAUCCAACACAAGGUGACCCUGUGGUGGUUACAAGAAGACUAAAGAUCGAUACGACCCCAGUCUCCCAAACGACCAAGACUACUCACGUGGUACGUCACACCUCGACACCUGCCGAAGUUGUCACGAAGACGAUCACUAUCGAAGGCGAUGGUGAACCGCUGACCGCUGAAGAACUUGCUGAGAUUAUGAACAUGUCUGGAUCUGAAACAAAGACUGUGGGAAACAGCAGUUAUCAACGUGUGGAACGAGUGCAAAAAGUGGAACAAGUUGUGACGAGCAAGCAGUUUGUCCAGUCGGGACAAUCUUUCAUCGUGGAAACUGGCGAUCCUGAUGCAGAUGCUGCUAUUAUGAAAGCUUUAGAAGACGCGCGGAAACAAGACCCGAAUGUCAAAGUUGCUGAAGUGACGAUAACGAAACAGGAGACGGGAGGUGAUGACUGAGAAUACUUCCAUCGCAGUUCUCGCUGUGGAUAUAAUAUGCUGAAAGCACUGAUUUUAACUAUACAUAGUUGUAGAAACUCGCCGAAUAUUUUACACUUGUCCCUUAGAAGCUAGAUAUUUAUUUUUCUUCAUAUUAAAGUGACCAUAUUAUAGAGAACAAAUAAUUGGAAUGUAGUUGCCCCAAAAACAUGAGUUCUUUAGGUGCAUAGUUUAAAAAAAAUUGACAUUCAAGUUACUGGUUACAAAUUUGUAUCAACUUCUAACACGAUAAAUUGUAAGCAUUUUUGUUUUAAUAAAACUACAAUACUUUA